GUCGGAUGUGACGCCUGUGCAGAAGGUUGUCCAGCUCCUGGAGAACAUGAAGCUGAAGGGCACCACGGAAAUGCAGGAGGAACAGGUUCAGUACACGAAGUACAAGCAGUUCUGUGAGAUGACCUUAGCCGAGAAGAAGGCUGCCAUUGGAGAGGCAGCGGACAAGAUCGAAACGCUGGAGGCGGACAUCGAGAAGGCGGACGCAGAGGCAGAGCGCCUCACUAAGGAGAUGUCUGAGCACGCCGCGGACAUUGAGGCUGCCACGGCGGAGAAGGAGAAAGCCACCUCGGUGCGGAAGAAGGGCCGUGAGGACUUCCAGCUGACUCUGAAGGACUACAGCGAGUCCAUCGAUGCAAUCGGAAGGGCCCUGAAGGCUCUGAAGGAGGAGGACAAGAAGACAGCCCUGCUGCAGCUGGCCAGCGCCAAGCUUGUCCCCGAAGAGGCACGGCUCGAACUGCUAGAUGCGCAGGGCCCGGCACCCAAGACCUACGAGUUCAAGUCGGGUGGCGUGAUCAGCAUGCUGGAGGGUUUGCAGGACAAGUUCGUGGACGAGCGCAUUAGCCUGGAGAAGGAGGAGCAGAAGAAGCGCCACACCUACGAGAUGUUGGCGCAGAGCUUGGAUGCGCAGCUUGCGCAGUCUAAGAAGGAGCAGCAGGAGAAGGGCCAGUUUAAGGCCAAGCAGCUGCAAAGCAAGGCCUCGUCCGAGGGCGACUUGGAUGAGACCAAGGGCGAGAAGAAGUCCGACGAGAAGUACUCUGCAGAUUUGGAGGCCACGUGCAGCAAGAAGGCUGCGGCCUUUGCUGAGCGUCAGAAGCUCCGCAAGGAGGAGAUCGAGGCCAUCGAGAAGGCCAAGGGCAUCAUUGCAAGCGGUGCCGUGGCUGGCAGUGCAGAGAAGCAUUUGCCCAGCCUCUUGACCACCAGGACCUCUGCUUUGGCCUUCUUGCGCUCAGAGCCCAGGGAGCCUCCCGCGGAGCGCGUGGCGCGCUUCCUGCAGCAGCGGGCCGCGGCCCUGAACAGCCGAGUGCUCUCGGCCGUGGCUGGCCGGGCCGGCGCCGACCCCAUCGCUAAGGUCCGGACGAUGAUUGAGGGGUUGAUCACAAAGAUGCAGGCGCAGGCCAAUGAGGAGGCCACCAAGAACGGUUGGUGCAAUGCCGAGUUGGCUUCCAACAAGGCCACGCGCGAAGAGAAGGCCGACGAGGUGGACUCCUUGAAUGCGGAUGCAGACGAGCUCUCCACGGCCAUCAGCAAGCUGGACGAGGAGGUGGCUUCACUGGCCAAGCAGGUUUCAGAGCUGGAUGCUGACAUGGCCAAGGCCACAGAGAUGCGGCAGGAGGAGAGCAAGAAGAAUGCUGCCACCGUGAAAGAUGCCACUGAGGCACAGGCGGCGGUUGCACAGGCACUGCUGGUGCUCAAGGACUUCUACAAGAAGGCUGCAGGUGCCACCUCACUGGUGCAGACGGCCAAGUCUGCAGCGGAGCCGGAAGUCUUUAGCGACGAGCCGUACAAGGGCAUGGGCGGCGAGAGUGGCGGCGUGAUCUCCAUGCUGGAGGUCAUCCAGAGCGACUUUGCGCAGCUGCAGGCAGAGACGGAGGCUGCCGAGGAGGCAGGGCUCAAGGAGUACCAGGAGUUCAUGGAAGACUCCAAGGUGGACAAGGCCACUAAGGUCAGGACCUCGGAGCACAAGGUCAGCAAGAAGCAGGCGAAGGCUCAGGAGCUCACAUCUGUGCGUGCCGAUCUCCAGGGCACCCAGAAGGAGCUGGACGCUGCAAACGCCUACUUCGAGAAGCUCAAGCCCGACUGCCUGGACACGGGUGCCUCCUACGCCGAGCGCCAGGAGCAGCGAAAGCAGGAGGUCAAGGACCUCCAGGAGGCGCUCGAGAUGCUCGAGAAGGUCUAA